AUGGUUGUCAUUUCCACCGUUUUGUUUUCAGAGAGGGAACAGAAUUCUGUCAAAGACUUCUCUACCAAUAAUUGCAGCAAAAUUCUCUCUUUGUGUGUUUCUUACAUCACACCUGUGUAUGUGAUGAAGUUGAAAGAUUUCUUUCCAAAUAAAGAGUUGAGAGAGGCUCCAUAUUUUGAUGGGCGAGUUGUAUGCUAUCCAAAUAUGAAGACCAUUCGUGAUUAUUUGGCAUGGAGGCAACUGGACUGUAAGCUUCUUUAA